GCCCAAGAUUCCAAACUUUGAACUACCGACGUGAAAUCCACAGUCUAUUAUAAUAAAAGGCCACGUAAUCUUGGUAGUUGUUUCAUAAUUCGAGUAUCGCUGGCUGCAAGUCUUGAACCUCAAGCAGUCCCUCACACUGCCAUCUUCAUCCUCGAUGUUCAACAUACGAUUGACCCAAGCAGUGUAUCGAAUACUAAAGUUCUCAGUUCGAAUUCUAAUGAAUGACUCUUAGGUGUUUACCAUCUAUGGUUGGCGUCAUGAAUAUCCCUCACAUACGUAUCCAGUCAAUCGAAACGUGGACUGGUCAAUUAUGUAUUUUUUACUGCUACUUCUAUUCAACCUAUGCGUCAGUCUGAUUCUGUAUUGGUCAUUCCUUCGUGUUGAUAUUUAGUUCCUCGUAUUAGAGAGAUUUGGUAUUGCUUCCCCUCAAGUGCUUCUAUCUACAUAUACCUACCUAAAGGAUGCCUGUUUUGUUUUUCGUGUUGGCUAGAUUGGCAACUUGCGUGUAUACAGCAGUCUCGAGCGCUCCUUCCUUCCCCCAAAAGUGCCAAGCCUCCGUCCAAUCUCAUAUGUAAACAUGCACACAGUUGCUGUCCUGUAGACUGUUCCUCUGCUUGACCCCGGCUGUUCCCCCACUUACUUCACUGGGACGCUCAUCCAAGGUCUAUACGCAACAGCCACCCCUGUGUGCACCGGAUGGCCAACACCUUUGACUUUAACGAUUUCAGCCAGCCGCUGCCCUGGAACACAAAUCCGGGCACGGCUGGACCGGGCUUUGCGCCGCGGCAGAAUGACCGCCUACGAAUUCAUCGCUUCCACCCUUGUCGUGACGAGUUGUUGCUUGCGUAUCUAAGCACACGAGGCAUAUCGCCAGGAUUCCUUGCGGAGAUUGACCAGUUCUUUGAUGGCCAUCCAGAAAUCUUCUCCUGUGGUCCGGGCGAGGCGAUGAUCCGAUAUAUGAAUGACCAGUCACCCAUGGAGGCGUAUAGAUACUUCAUUCGAGGCUACACCCGCCCAGCUAGGUACAUAUAUUCUCUUUGCUGGCUUCUGUAUGCAUACUCACCAUUGCGCUCAGCUAUGUGA